AAGUAAGCUGCAAUCAGCUGUGAACAAAAAGAGUAAAGACGAUCGAAAAUCGAAAAUCCAAAGAGAAUCGUCGAACAGAUCAUCGAUCUCGGUUUGAGGUUCGAGUGUUUUCAGAUCGGAUGGCGAGUCCUCAUUCGGGACGAUUUGCAGUUACUCCCACAACACCCAACAAUUCGUCUAGGGUUUUGAGUUUCAAAAGCCCUUUGAGCGAUGAAACCAUAUGGAAGCGUCUUCGUGAAGCUGGCUUCGAUGAAGAAUCGAUUAAGCGAAGGGAUAAAGGUUCACUCAUCGCUCACAUCGCUAAACUCGAAGCUGAGAUAUACAACCUUCAAAAUCAAAUGGGCAUUUUGAUAAUUGAAAAAAAAGAAUGGAUUACGAGUUAUGAACAGAUGAAAUCAACCGCAGAGUCAGCUGAAAUGACACUCAAGAGCAACCAAGCUGCCCAUUUGUCUGCUUUAGCUGAAGCAAAGAAAAGGGAAGAGAAGUUGAAGAAAGCUCUAGGAAUAGAGAAAGAAUGUGUUUCCAAUAUUGAAAAAGCAUUACAUGAGAUGCGUGCAGAAUGUGCUGAGGCAAAAGUUGCAGCUGAAAUUAAAUUAGCUGAAGCAAGAACAAUGAUGGAAGACGCCUUAAAAAAGAUGACUGAAGCCAAUUCAAAGAUGCAAGCUGCAGAAUCUUUGGAUGCAGAAGCUUCUAGAUAUCGGAGAGUUUCUGAAAGAAAGUUACAUGAAGUUGAAGCAAGGGAAGAUGAUCUUAGGAGACAGAUGAAUUCAUUCAAAUCAGAGUGUGAAGCAAAAGAGAAGGAAAUUCUUCUUGAAAGACAAUCUUUAUGUGAAAGGCAGAAAUCUGUGCAACAAUCACAAGAAAGAUUACUUGAGGGGCAAGCUUUGUUAAAUCAAAGGGAAGAAUAUAUUUCGAGUAGAAUUGAGGAAAUAAGUAGCCAUGAAAAGCAAUUGCAGGCUUCAAAAUUAAGCCUUGAAGAGGAAUGUAAAUCCCUUAAAGAAGAAAAACACAAUCUUGAUACAAAAGCAGCCUCCUUGGAUUCUAAAGAAGAGGAUAUCACAAAUAAGGAAAAUGAGUUAAAAAAGAAGUAUGAAGAGUUGCGUAUACAGCAAGAGGAAAUUUCAAACAAGGAAUCUGAGAGAAUUAAAAAGGCUUUGGCUGAUCAUGAAGCUGUUUUGAAAGAGAAGAGUUCCCAAUUUGAAGCUGAAUUAGAAAGAAAACUCAAAGCAAUGGAGGAAACAAUUGAGAACAAAAGAAGGGCUUCAGAGUUGAGGGAAGUUGACUUUAGUCAACGGGAGGAUUUACUUGCUGAAAAAGAGCAUGAAUUGGAGGUGAAAUCGAGAGCCAUUGGUGAGAAGGAAAAGGAGCUUUCAGAAAAAACGAAUGCUGUUGAGGAAAAAGACAAAACUGUCCUUGAAGUCGAACGAGAGUUAAAGCUGCAGAAAAGUAUAUUAGAGAAGGAAAAAGAAGAAGUAAAUCAAAUGAAAAUUGACCUUCAAAAAUCCUUAAAGUUAUUGGAUGAAAGAAGCAAGGAGAUUUUGAAUGCAGAAGAGAAAGUGGAAGCCAUGAGAAACGAAACAAACGAGCUGAUGAUUUUGGAACGAAGGUUAAAAGAGGAAAUCGACAUGAUUCGAGCUCAAAAACACGAAUUUGAAAGUGAAGCAGAAAAAUUAAAAAAAGAAAAAGCAAAAUUUGAAACAGAAUGGGAAUUAAUCGAUGAAAAAAGAGAAGAAUUAAGAUUGGAAUCAGAGAAAAUCGCAGAAGAAAGAGUUACAAUCUUGAAAUUCUUGAAGGAAGAACGCGAUGUUUUGAAAUUAGAAAAAGACAUGAUUCGGGAACAAUACAAAAAAGACGUAAAUACCCUUUCGAACGAUAGGGAAAAGUUCAUGAGAGAAAUCGAAAAGGAACGUUCUGAUUGGUUCUCCAAAAUCCAAAAAGAAAGAACUGAUUUUGUCAUGGAUAUUGAAAUGCAGAAAAAAGAAUUAGAAAAUUGCAUUGAAAAGAAACGUGAAGAAGUAGAAAGCUAUUUAAAGGAAAAAGAAAAAUCUUUUGAAGAAGAAAAGAAAAAAGAACUCGAAUACAUUUCAUCUUUAAAAGAAACAGCAAGAAAAGAAGCUGAACAAGUCAACAUUGAAAUGAAAAGACUUGAAAAGGAAAGAAAAGAAAUCAUUUUAGAUCAUGAAAGAAGGGAUAAAGAAUGGGCUGAAUUGAAUGAUUCUAUACAACAAUUAAAAGACCAAAGGGUAAAAUUGGAAAAACAGAGGGAACUUUUACAUUCUGAUAGACAAGAGAUUCUUGAAAAGAUCGAAGAGUUGAAGAAACUAGAAGAUGUGAAAGGUGUUGGCUUUCAAAUCACUGAAAAUGAAAUUCAAGAAUGUGAUCCAAAUCUGCAAAAAAGAAAUGAAAUUGUGGAAAUUAAUUCAUUUAAAAAUGAAUUAAAUAAUAAUGGGUCAACACCUCCUCUUUCUGCUCCUUUUGGGUGGCUUAAAAGGUGUGCAAGUACUUUGUUGGAGCAAACACAGAGUAACAAGAAAAGGAAGAAACAACCGGACGAUAUUACCCCUCGGAGGGAUUCUACCAAGGAGACUACUGUGUAUAUUGACAAAAUUAUUAAAAUUCGAGAAGUGACAUCUGUUCGUAGUAAAAAUACUGUUGAAAAUAGUCAGGAGGGAGAACAGAAAAGCCACCUGGAAUCAAAUGACACGAAGAAGCUUAAAGGACAAAUUCAAGAGUGAUUUAUGUGCAUAAUAACCCAAUCUUAUUAUAUAUAUAUUUUAGGGUUUUAGGUACAUAUCAAGUAAUGGUGGUUUGGUUUCCUUUUUAGGGUUUGGUGUUGUGAGGUAAAGUAGGUUUGAUGAUAUUUUCACCUUAUAGAAGGGAAGGGUUUUUAACUUUCUAUAAACCCUAAUUUUCGAGUGUUGACUUUUUUUCUCUCAAAUAGUUGACUUUGACAUGUUUCGUAGUCUUAUAGAAGGGUUUUGGUUGGGAGUUGUAAAUGGUGGUUUUGGAUUUGGUGUUUGGUUGUGCUAUUUGUUUGUUUAACUAAAUUUGUGUAAGAUGACAAUAUUUUGGUUUUAAUGGUAUGGAUUUUGGUGACUA